AUGGCCGACAUCAAGGAGCCUGGAGUUGUGGUUGCUAAUAUCUACACCAUCGUGAAGGGAGAUACGCCAUACGUCUUCCCUGGCCUCGAGUUUGCCGUGCCGACUGUGGACCUCAAGGCCGCAAAGGCGCGAAAGGAGAAGGAGGACCGAGAUGCCUAUUACGCAGGCUUCAAAUCUUGGAAUGAUGUUCCUGAUCCUAUGGUGGUUGCCUUCCUCCAUCAGGGUGAGGACGCUAUCAAUGAUGUGGAGACCGCAGCGGUCGCAGACGCCUCCCUGCGAAAGGCAACCCAAGAACUGCAAGAGAUGCACCAUGCGCAGCUGGCUGCCUCGGAGGAGCAGCAGGAUGUUCUGCGCAAUGAACUGGACAAAAUGAAGUUGCAGUGCGCUGCUUUCAUGGAGGCCAUCAACAAGUUGCAGGUGGAGAACCAGAACCUGCGCGACAAGCUUGCUGAGUUCACUACAAAGCACCCUCAGUGA